CAGUAGACGACGUGUCUCCUCGACGGUUGUCAGUUGUUGCUUUUUUUGGUGUUGUGCGGGCAAAAAAUCACGCGAUUUACGUAAAUUUUAAAAUAAUUACCGUGUUAUUGCAUUAUACUUGUGAUUGGUGUUUGUGCGUGCUGCGUGUGAGUCGGAGGAUAUCGAUAUAAUAUUUAUUGUUGACAAAUCACAAUAAAAUAAUCUUAAUUUCUUAUAGUCACACGACACGUCCGUACCAGCACAAUAGGUAGGUACCUAUAAGCGAACCGUGUGAUGGUCGUGAAUCAUUUUAAUAAUUAUAACUACUUUCAUCAUCCCCGAAACCGUUUUGUUUUAAUAUAAUAAUUAGUUGUCGUCGUCGCAAUUAAAUAUUAUUUUAUCGAUCGGGACAGUGUUUGUGAGUGUGCAUUUAUUGUGUAUGUGUGCGGGCGUACGCGUGUGUGUGCGACCAGAAGACGUCGGUGGAAAUCGGAAGUAAACACCAACUCGGCAUAUUACGGCGACGGAGACGGCGGCGGCGGCAGUAGCAGAAACGGUAGCGACAACUUGACGCCACCACCACCACCACCGCUACCAACAUCCGAGCACGCGACAACCAGACGCCGCCACUUAUCCGUCGGUGACAAGCAACAACAUCGUCACCAUCCGUAAUUGCCUAAAACAAUACCACAACCACCAACAACAACUACAACCACCACAAAUCACCACAAAUCACCACAAAUCACCACAAAUCAUCACAAAUCACCACAACCACUACAAACCACUACAAACAACAAACACCAUCGCCGACUGACGAGACAACACCGACCGUCGGCAAUACUACACGCGCCGAAUUCGCGGACGUCGCUAUGCAGACGUCCACGUCACCCGCGUUCGCCAGGCGCCGGCCGUCCGCCUUGCUCGUGGACGGCGCCGGCAGUCAGCGUACUACGACCACAGCCGCUUUUUCUUCCGUUGACCGUCUGCUGGCGGACAUCGCUUUCCAGCGGGAGAGGGAGCGGCAACGUGUGGCCGCUGGCGGCCGGCAAAGUCGACGACGCCGUGAAGACGGCCAACGUCAAGCUGCAACUUCAGCCACAGAAGGAGCACUGACUAAAACUGGAGUAACUUCCACCGGAUCUGAGCUCGACGACGAGGCGGCCUCGGCGUAUUGGUGGACCGACGUGUUCCUCCGAUACUUUGUGUUCGACGAGGACUGCACGAGGACCGCCACCACAGCCGACUCAGAUGAUUUGCUGUUUUUCGUGCGGCGCCGGCGAAAUAAACGCAAGUGCAUUAAACGCCGACUGUCUUCACAACGUCGGCGACGGGUCACUUACGACACCCGGGCUUACCGAAAACAACAGCACAACCAACAGCAGCAGCAACAACAGCAGCAAAAGCCGACCAUGUUGCCGAUCGGCGAUCCGGCGGUCCUGUGGAGGCACACGGUGUGCCUGAACGCCAUCGUCCAUCGGCUGCGGUACACGCUCACAGUGGCCGUGUGUGCGCGUGUGCCCAGAAAGGCAGCUGCCCCUGCCUGUUUCAGUGGCUUUGACGGAUCGCGAGAAUUCGUCUCAGCCGACGGGCAGGAAGACUGCGAAUACGACCUGCAGCUGCUGUCCCGCCACGUACACACAGUGUACGCAUCAACAAGUGGCCGGCGUAUGGACGCGGCUAAGGGACCUAGAGAACGGCCGGUGUACCCCGCCGUGUGUUGGGCAGUCGACGAUUUCGCUGAGGCAUUCCGCACGGUGGUCGUUCGUCCUGGACAGACAGUGUGCGUCGAGCUGGUGGCCACUUGGCCAGGUCCGGCCACCGUCGUCGAAGAAUACCUCCAUAACGACAUCGAAGACGACAACGACGACGAUGAGUACGAUAUAGAUGGCAGCAAUUUCAAUCUGUACGGUCGUCAAAAAUCCGUGCCCGUCAAAGUGCAACAGAAUCUAAACAGAGCGGUUCUGUUCACCGGCGCCGUCCCUUACGCCGCGGUGCGCGCAGCAUAUGAGUGCAAGAUGAGUUUGUACCGCGAAGCCGAACGCCAACGAAGGAAACGGCGGCGGCAACAGCAACGGAAACGGAUAGGCAAGAAAUCGUCUUUGGGCGCCGCCCUGUCCGCCUCGCUGACGGCCCUGUUCGUGGGCGGCAAAGACUCUGGACAGUCGUCGUCUGACUGCGGAGAUAACGGUUACUAUUACGGUUCUGCUUCUUCCACCAACCCUACCGUCGCCGACGCCGAUCGCAUCGAGUACGUGACUGUGCGCGGUUGCCGUCCGAGUUGUGACAACGAGGACAGCGGCGAUGGUGAAUUAUCGUCGGACGACGAAAAUCGCGAUGCCGACGACUUCGACUUUACUGACGUCAGCGUCGAAGGCGACGAUCCCUACGACUACACGAAGGGCCUGGCCCAGAUGGCUGUCACGCUCGCACCAAUACAGCGAAAGGAAACAGUUUCCUCGGGUGUCGAUGGUAAUUCCGAAUAUCACGUCCACCACCACCUUCAUCAUCAUCACCAUCUCCAUCACCAACAGUACUGUGGUGAUGGGGAGGACGAUUACGGUGACACCGGAUACGAUCGUGACCCUGAUUUUUCCGCCAGUGCGUAUUAUGACCAAGCUAACGAUGAUUACUCCACAGCGAUUGGUUACCAGAAACAGCAGCUCGAUUCCUACACUGGAACAGCCACAGCUUCUGAACCUGGCGACUACUAUGAUUACGGGUGGGAUUAUGAAACGGCAGCCAGCAGCGAGCAGCAGACACCUCAGACUCCAUCUUAUUAUUAUCAACAGCAACAACAGCAACAACUUGAGCGUCAACGACGCAAAGACGGCAGACCGAGACGACUCAGUGACCCAUGCUCGACAUCUGUUUUCGAUCAACUGGAGGACGAUGUCCGUGGUAUAGACCAGCAUCACCAGAUCUAUCAACAACAGCAUGAGAUCAAUAAUUAUAAUAGCAUGUAUGGAAAGAAAAGUUCCCGAAAACAACAGCAUGAGUACAAAAACCGAUUACAACAGCAACCGAAUAGAUACGGAAGUGUAAGAGGACUAUCAUCAGUAGCAUCGACGCCAGGAAAAUCUGGAAGAAUGCAGCAUCCACAUCGGGCCUGGUCAGAGAGCGAUGGAUUGGAUCAGUGUGGUGGUAGCGUCAUUCAACAAAAUAGAAAUCAACAAAAACCUCAACUGUUACCACCUCCACCAAUACCUUAUUACUGUGCUGCCGAAGCGGCCUUAUCGGGUUUUGUGCAGUACGUGCACAAGAGUCCGAGUGGCUGGUGGACACGAACUAAAAACAAGCGGCGUAGAAGACGUUAUAGGAAUAUAAAACAAAAGCCAAGCGGAAAGACCAUCACAACCGUAGAUCGCCGUCGAAGUUCUAGUGCUGGAGGAAAUGGCUGCACCAUUACCGAUGACGAGAAUAGUGAUGGUUCAGGAUCAGGAUCAAACUCUGACCAUGGCGAAUCAAACUCUGAUGAACAAGAUAGUGAUGGCGAAUUUAUUGGUGUGCUUGCUGCUGCCGCGGCAUUUGGCCAAGACCCUGACCGUGAAUGGUCGCAACGUGGAAACGCCGGUGACCCUGUAGCUGAUUGGGACAGGUAUGACUGUGAGAGUGAAUCAUCAGUAGAACCUGAAGACGAUGAUAUGGUUGAAUGGACGACCGAGAUUAUGGCCACCGAUAUACGGCGUAAACAACCACAUCAAAACUGUUUAGUAGCUACACCGGCGAGGAUAGUAAACGAUAGUUACUUACAUUUUUGCGAUUCACAAUCACUGACACCUGUCUUUACGAAUCGCCAACUAUAUCAUCAAUCAAAACAGCAACCCGUUGGUCACCAACAGCAAUUCCAUCGGCAACUACCGCUACCACAAUUCAGACCUCAGCCACUCGAACCCCCACCACCACCACCUGCGUUGAGCGUCGCAUUUACUGCUGUGGCCUGUCCAUGGUGGACGGUGCUAGAAGAUGUGCUGCAUGUGAAUGCCAAGACUUCUGGAGGUCCAUCGUCAUCAAAUAAGACAGGCACGGGGUUACCUCUCCUCACGUUUGAUUAACUAUAAAUCCAUUAAACUACUUAAUACCAAAACUAAAUUCAUCGAAAAUAAAAUCAAUGAAAAAAACAAUAUUUUAAUUCGAUGACUUUGUUAAAAAUAAUUAAUUUUGCCCGGUGAUGGCGUUAAACUCACAUUUUCUCGACGACCAUAAAUAUACAUUAAAUAUAUUUCCGUAACAAAUUUUUUCCAACUUCUGAAGCAACAAGAACUGGUGAAUAAACAUGGUCGGCGAGUAAUUCGUUUAUCAAUUAAACGUGUACAAUAUGUAUAUAAAUAAUGUGUAUAUUUUACUGUGUUGAUAAAAUAAUAUUAUGGACACUCAAUGUAUCAAAUACAAAAAAAAAUUAAGAAUGAUUAAUAUUAGAAUUUAAGAAGAAAUCAUUGUCUCAAAAUGGACUUUGGCUGCAAUUAAAAACCAAAUCCACCAAGACUUUCUCGCCUUAACAUCGUACGUGGUUGAAGACUAGUUUUGUCCGACUGCCUAAGUGUAAACUUCAAGAUGAAUAAACAUAUAUCAUUGAAUUUAUAUGCUGAUAAGUAACUGUAACUAAACCUCGGCCAUGGUUUAAAAAUAACUGCUUCCAUCAACAUCCCAGUGACUCUUUACAAUAGUUGAUUUCAUUGUAACUAAAAGUAACAUGUGACUCCAGACGAACACCAAUUGCAUUUCCACCCGAAGACCACUGCUAUUGCAAUCACUUGAAAAACAAUUUCUAGGGAUGAAUAUGAGAAGCGGUAAUCACAGU